AGUCGAGGGAGGAUGUACGCCCCUGUUGGCGGGCCCAGCAACCAACAACUACCCCUGGUCAAUCCAUGGUGGGUCCAUCCGGCAGCUGGAGGAGCAGUUGGGCACGGACAGGAUCAGGAAGAGAGGUCGUCCCUGCUUGAGGGUGGCUGCAGUGACAGGGGUGGUGGCGAGAGUCAGGGCGGGGGUGGGCCCAGGGGUGGCGUCAUGGACUCUAAUCAACAACAAUUUUGUCUGAAGUGGAACAGCUUUGGCAGCAAUUUGGCCACGGCAUUUUCGAACCUCUUCAAAAGCGAGAGUCUCACCGAUGUCACCCUCUUCUGCGAGGGUGUGACGUUCAAGGCGCACAGAUUGAUCCUGGCAGCAUGUAGCAAGCAUUUUCAAGAGUUGUUCGAGGGGAUGCCACCCUCGCCUGCGGGCUUGAUCGUCAUCCUCGACGGUACCAGCGCCCACAACAUGACUGCACUGCUCGAGUUCAUGUACAGGGGCGAGGUACACGUCUCUCAGGAAUCCCUCAGCUCCUUUCUCAAGGCUGCCGAGUGUCUCCAAGUAAAGGGUCUCUCGAUAGAGCACGAGAAAUUGGCGGUGGCUCAAAGGCACGCGGCGGAAGGCAACGGCUCGUCGGACGGCAACGGCGGGAUCGGGGGCGGCGGAAGUGGGGCGGGGGCCGGAAAUACGGGAAUCGGCGCUGCAGGCAGCGUCAGAAAGAAGUCCCCGACCCCCGUGCCUGCCCCCUCAAAUGCAACAAACUACUCCGUGCCCACUUCACACGCCACGACCCAGCACUACUACGACAGUCCGAGGAAGAGGCUCAUGAGGUCUCCGAGCGACGCCGACGCUUUGGGAAGAGCGAGCGUGCUUCGUGACGGAGCGGCGUUUCGUCCGGCGUCGGCGCCUCACCCUCUACUCCUGGACAGCAACCUGCAUUCGCAUUUUCCCCACCCGACGGACCAGCCGUCGCAUCCCCACACAGCGCCCCACACGCCGACGGAACUUGAACGAGAAUUGGAACGCGACAGAUCGGAGGAGAGAGGGAACGGUGAGCACAGAGACAACGGUGCCGAAGACCUUCGGAUAAAACAGGAACCAGGUCUAUUAACGGACAGAGAAAGGGCCGAAAGGUUAGCCGAGCGUUCAUCCGGCGAGUCUUACGGCGGCAGAGGCGGAGGCGGCGAAUCAGCCGCGUAUGGCACUCAGGGUGAUCAUCUAGGGCAGCAUCAGGGCUGCGGAAAUCUGGCACCCAUACCUCCGCCACACCCUCCAACCCCCGACCUCAGCCCAGCGCCCGCAACGCCCGCCACGUGGAAUUCAAAAAUCAACAAGGCAGGAACCGUGACGACGCCGGAUGGAAAGAAGCUCAAGUGUCCAUUCUGCGAGCGGCUCUACGGUUACGAGACGAAUCUUAGGGCACACAUACGGCAGCGUCAUCAGGGUAUAAGAGUGCCAUGUCCAUUCUGUUCGAGGACAUUUACAAGGAACAACACGGUCCGACGUCACAUCGCGAGGGAACACAAAACCGAGCUGAGUCUAAAGGCUUACCAACAAUCGAACGCGGCUACGCAGUAGCCGAUGCUCGCCGAGAAGAAGGCGGCUUUCUAAGGAGCCGAAUUACGGGGAGGAGGACGGGGGAUGGGGAUGGGGUUGAGGAUGAGGUACCGCAGACCGUUGUUGGAAAUUAAUUAUAUCACAUUAUGUUACGCCCGAUUAUUCACCCAUACGUGCAUCCAUCCAUCCAUCCAUCCAUCCAUCCACCGGCCGACGCACCCCCACCCUCCCAAUCCAAAAAACCUGUGUAAACAACCCCAAACUGUUGGACCUGCCCAAAAAAUUCACCCAACGAACGCAACGCGAAACUAUGCGUCGAGAGGAUUCGUUAAUUCGCUUAGCGUUUUUACCCUGACAAUUGAUUGUAUUCGACACGUGCGUGCACGUACGACGUGAGCGAUUGUUCGAACGCAUGCUGCUGACACGUCGCGUUACGUCGUCGAACUGUCCGAGCGAAAGAGGAGAACGGGGAUGAUACGCGAAGACGGAAGAAGACGGUGACGAGAGAAAAUUGUUGAU